AUGGUGACCAUCACCAAAGAGCAAUUUAAUGUGUUGUUAAAUGUAAUUCAAGCCUUCUUUUACUAUCACGUCAAGUGUUCCGAUAAAUGCAGCGCUUACUUGUCGUUCAUCGGUAAGUUUUGAACACUGUAAUUUGGUUUUUCGUGUUGUGGGGUACUGUAAUUUUGAGUCUUAUGUUUCGGAGUAUCGUAAUUUUGAUUCUUAUAGCUAGUUUUACCGUAACUUUAAUCCUCCUAAAUGUAUUUUCUUUCUGAAUUGGUGUAUCAGACUACUGUAGUUUGAUGUUGGUACGGUAACAUAAAGUUUUUCAGAACUAGAUGAACAGGACAUGGGAGAUUGGUUGUCAAUCACUGAUUACUAUAUAGGGCAUAUUGCCAACAAUCUUGAUCUACCCGCUUACAGCCAAAUCGAUGAAAAACCGACAAAGUUAGGAUUAGUCAUGGAUCACUUGAAAGAAGGCACUCUUCGAAUCGUGUCCUACCAUGAACACAGCGUACAGUACCUUCGGUUGGAAGUGGGGUAAGUUAGGUAUAUUACUGUAGAUUCGAAGGACUAAAGUAGGUCAGUAGGUUCAAAAUUUUAAGAACAUUUAGAUAUGUUAAGAAUAAGAUUUAAUCAAGAUAGGGUAAAGUAGUUUAGAAUAGAACAAAGUAGAGUAGGAUAGGGUAAGGUAGGAUAAAAUAAGGUAUGGUAGCGUUGAAUAAGGUAGGACAAGGUACUGUAGGGUAGGCGAGAGUGAAAUGGGGUGAAUUAAGGCAGGAUACGGUACAAAAGGCAGAAAAAAGGUAAACUAGGCGAGAGUAGAGUAAGAUAGGUAUAUUAGGGCCAUUAAACUAAAUUUUAUCUUUUUCAGCUAUGGAGAGCAGUACAAUAUCCGAUUUCCAUGGCCAAUACCUGACCAACUUCCAGUGGAGCAAAUGAAAUUAACAAAGUAAGUUUCAUUUUUUUUCAAAAAAGUUAUGUGUUUUUUUUACUUUUUGAUUAGACCUUUUUGGUCCAAAAGUAUUUUUAAAAAAUUUUUUUUUGAAUUCCAGAUCCGACCUAAAAUGCCAUUCAGACGCCACCUCCUUUUUAUGCGGUGUAGAUCACAACAAAUUCUACUACUUUUCCCAAUUACCAUCGGAUAUGGAGGUAGUGUCGGAUAUUGAACAGUAUUCAGAAACCAUAGAAUUGCCAUUUUCGCCAGAUUUCGUCGAUCAAUGCAAUGGGAAACUGUUCAAGUCGAUUGGGGACAGAUAUGUGGUAGGUAUAAGGCCUGGAAUUUUAAGGAAAAAAGCAGCUUUGGGUAGGGUUUAUCAGUGUUAGGCCGGGUAAUUUUCGUUUUUUUAGGGAGGGGGGGGGGAGGUGGGAGAGAGUAUAUUUUUUAAAAACAGGACGGGCGGGGUAAAUUUUUCUUAAUGGAAAAACAGGACUAAAAAUUUUUUUAAAAAAUUUAUAAAAGGGCCAUGUUCAAUUCCUUGCAAAAAAAUGUAAAAGGUUAUGGUAAAAUUAUUUGUUACCUAAAAAUGUAUUUUUUUCAGCUAGGAUCCAUCUACAGUUUGAACGACUUUGAACCAUUCAAAGGAAUCGAGUUGUGCUAUGCUACCACUCACGGUGAAACCUAUUCUCAAGUUUUUGAUUUGGUAAGUUCUACAGAAAGAGCAGGAAUUUUCUUUACAUACUAAAAAAUGGCAAGAACUUUUAUUACAAAACAAAAAAUGGCAAGAACUUUCUUUACAAAACAAGAAAUGACAAGAAGUUUCUUUACAAAACAAAAAAUGACAAGAACUUUUUUUACAAAACAGAAAACUGGCAAGAAUUUUCUUUACAAACUUAAAAAUGGCAAGAACUUUCUUUACAAAACAUAAAAAUAACAUUUUUUAGAGAGACAUGUUGGCAGCUCUAAACGACACGCAACUAAAAAAUCAAGUCAAAGACAUUGAAAAGCAGCUAAAGACCUAUCAUUUUACCCUAGCCGUUCGUUUCCACCAAAAGUUCGACAAGUCGAUUGUGGUCGAGAAUGCCGACAAUAUUGAUUAUGCAACCGAAACCUUGUACGAAGAUGCCUGUCAUCACUUUUUGUUUGACCUUGAGAAAGUGGAGAUUGGAUUCUUGAUGUUUGUUUUUGUUUUGAUCUACAUUGCCAAUAUUAUCAUCGGGUUGAUAUUUGGAGCUUUGAUUUUGGAGCAAAUGUAUAUGGAGUUGAAGGAUCAGGAAGGUGAUGGCGAUCUUAAUACGUAAGUAACGUAAUUAUUUUUAUUUUGGAAAAAGUUAGCAUUGUACUGCUAAGAAUAUAGUAUAGUACGUCAUAUAUAUUCUAUAUUCUCAAUUUCAGUAGAACAGUAACCCAGGACACACCAUCUAAAGAAGAAACCAGAAAAAUCACAAAAGAAACCGCAGAACCAUCACGCUACAAGGACGGCCCAACAACAACGGCCGCCACAACGUACUCGGAAUUUACGAAAGAACCGACCAAAGACGACCCAACCACAGUGGGAGAUCCAACGACUAGAAAAGAAACUACACAAAGAACAGAUCAAAUGGAAGUGACUGGCAAAGGAGAAGUGGAUUCUGAUGGCUACGAGAAUGUGGACGACAACCCAUCAGCCGAUCCCAAUAAGAAGCCAGAAAAAUUGAGAAUUUCGGCUAGUCCAUAUGACAAUUGCUCUUUGAGUGAGGCUGCUCAAUAG